UGGGUAGGGCUUUGAGAGAAGCGGUGCUCUAGUCUUGAUUCAGAGGAAGAGAGGACAUCCAUUUCUGGGCGAGCCUGGCGAGUUCGCGAGGAAGGUUUGUGUUGUGACCGCGAGGCAACAGAAAAGCGACAGAAUGAUUAUCAUCAUUGAAGAUCAGGAUGCAUUUCAAAAAGCUCUGGUUGAGGCAGGCGAUAAGCUGGUAGUGGUUGACUUUACAGCUACGUGGUGUGGGCCUUGUCAGAAAAUAGCUCCUUUUUACCAAGGUCUGUCUGAAAAUCCUGCCAACUCUAAUGUGGUCUUCCUCAAAGUAGACGUUGAUGAUGCUCAGGAUGUGGCCCAGUAUUGUGAGAUCAAAUGUAUGCCAACAUUCCACUUCUACAAGAAUGGGAAAAAGGUGAAUGAUUUAUCUGGGUCCAACCAAGCUAAACUGGAAGAGAUGUUGAACAACUACAAAUGAUCAGGCCUAAUGAGACCAUAGGUUUCCUGUGCAGCCCAAUCUCCAAGUUUACUAACAACAACCCCCUGAAUUUUAUUUUCAAAUGAAGUUUUUCUUAGAAUGAUUUUAUCUUGUAAAAUCUGCCUUACCCAGUCAUCAUCACUUCUAUAAUUAAUAAUUACCUCUGUCUGUAUGUUCCUUAAACUUUGUUCACUAUCAACUUGGCGAAUGUUUUUUUUCUCUCCCAAAGAUCAAGGUCAAUAAAUGAACAGGAUUAUAAAAAUAUCCUAAUGUAUUUGUUAUU